AUGACAAAACAACAAAUCCCAAUUUGGCUUGACUGCGACCCCGGUAAUGAUGACGCAUUUGCCAUAUUGUUGUCCAUAUUCAAUCCUCGCUACAAGUUGUUGGGGAUAUCAACUGUACACGGGAAUGCACCAUUAAGUAUGACGACUCAUAAUACGUUAGCGGUGUUGGACCUAUUGAAUAUUUUUAAAGUGAAGGUCUACAAGGGGGAAGAGAGACCCUUAAUAAACCUGCCUCGUUAUGCUUUGGAUGUCCAUGGUGUAACAGGCAUUGGAGGCGUGGAGUUACCCAAAACAUCAAUUAAUAAACGUGUUACUUCUGUUUCUUAUGUCGACGCACUAAGGGACGCUAUAGAAGCAAACGCGCAUGAAAUAUGCCUUGUUGCUACUGGAACAAUGACAAAUAUAUCUCUUUUGAUUGAAAAGUACCCUGAUGUUAUUGACAAAAUAAAGUAUAUCUCGGUGAUGGGAGGUAGUUUUGGUAUGGGGAAUGCUACUCCGUAUGCCGAAUUCAAUUUCCAUACCGACCCCCACGCGAUCAAAGCAGUCGUGGACAAGUUACAGGAUAAAAUGAUCCUAUCGCCAUUGAACCUCACCCACAAGAUUAUUGCUACUGCUGAUAUUCGUAAUCAAAUUUACAAUGAAGAUGAUGAAACCAAAAAUAGCCCUUUAAGGAAAGCUUUCUAUGACAUCUUGAUGUUUUAUAGCAAGGCUUAUGCUAUGUUGGAAGAUAUGAACACUGGUCCUCCAUUGCACGACCCAGUAGCAGUUUAUAGCUUGUUGCCAAUAGUCGAUGGAAAUUGUGCUGAAUACGGCUAUAAAUACUUACGGAGGAAAUUGGAUGUGGUAAUCGGUGGUCCGCACGAAGGAGAAAGCAUAAUUGUUAAUAAGCUGGUGCCACUUGACGAGUCAGAGAAUGAGGGUGUAUAUAUCGGAGAGAGCCUAGAUGCUAAAAAGUUUUGGAACUGUAUGUUAGAAGCAUUAAACACGGCUGAAUUGAAUUUGAAAUAG